GGAUACAUUUCCGUGAAAGAGGAUGGCUUAAGAGCAUGGAUUUGGUCAAAGCGAUGGAUGCUACUCAGAGAACAGACCCUUACGUUUCAUCGUAACGAGAAUACUUAUCAAGCCGUUGCGUUGAUUUUUCUUAAAGAGAUUAAUAGUGUUUCGCGGACGGAAUUGAAACCUUACUGUUUCGAAAUUCAAACUAAAGACAAAACCUAUUAUCUUUCUUGUAAAAAUGACGAAGAACUAUACUCAUGGAUGGAUGAAAUUUAUGCGCGUUCACCUCUCAGUGGUGUUUCAAAUCCAACAAACUUUGUACAUAAUGUACACGUAGGGUUCGAUCCUGUCAGUGGUUUGUUCACCGGGAUGCCAGAGCAAUGGACCAAACUCCUUACAUCAUCGGCGAUCACAAAAGAGGAUUACGCAAAAAAUCCUCAAGCUGUUUUAGAUGUAUUAGAGUUUUACACUGAAAAUCAAAAACGAGAACAAGAAGCAUAUGGUCAACACGGCCUCUUAGGACCAAUUGCCGGGUUUCCAAAUGCUGAUGAUAAAUGGGCUGACCUAUUACCAAAAAAUAAUAAUAUGCCCCAAAAGAAUCAAUUAUAUCCUAGCCCUAAUGAUGGUUCUAAUGGAUAUGAUAUGUCCAAGAUAUCACCGAUAAAUAAUCAGCCGACAACUCCUCCUAAUCGUCCUCCGAUCACACCAAGACCUCCUAAUACUUUAAGCGCAAAUAAUGCACGUACAAUUCAAAAUCAAAGUUCUAUAACACAAAUUUCUUCUAAUUACAAUCAGGUUCAACAACAAUCUGUUCCUGAAAAAUAUCAACAGUCGAAUAAUUACCAACAGCCCCCUCCAUCAUUAGCUCCAAUUCCAAAUCCUCCUAAACAGCAGCAGCAACCCCAACAACCUGUUCAA